GUAUGACGCAUGCGUGUAAUUAAGGCGAGGCUCGGGACGUGGCGACAUACGCAAGCCGAAUCGGUUUUACAGUGUGGCAUUUUCAGACAGAUUUUGUACACCAUUUGUGGCUCCCUAAUACAACUUUUACUGCUUUAGACCCACCUACAGGGAGAUACAAUGAGUUCCACGGGAGAGUUUGGCAAUCCUCUACGUAAAUUCAAGCUUGUUUUCUUAGGAGAGCAAAGCGUUGGCAAGACUUCACUCAUAACUAGGUUCAUGUACGAUAGCUUUGAUAACACAUAUCAGGCCACAAUUGGAAUAGAUUUCCUAUCCAAAACGAUGUACCUAGAGGACAGAACUAUAAGACUUCAAUUAUGGGAUACAGCAGGUCAAGAAAGAUUCAGAAGUUUAAUUCCUAGCUAUAUUAGAGACUCUUCAGUUGCUGUGGUUGUAUAUGAUAUAACAAAUGCUAAUUCUUUUCAACAAACUUCCAAAUGGAUUGAUGAUGUACGAACAGAACGAGGUAGUGAUGUAAUAAUUAUGCUUGUAGGAAACAAAACAGAUCUUUCAGAAAAGAGGCAAGUCACAACAGAAGAAGGUGAACGGAAAGCAAAAGAUUUAAGUGUGAUGUUUAUUGAAACUAGUGCAAAAGCAGGAUAUAAUGUCAAACAGCUGUUCCGUCGAGUGGCUGCUGCAUUACCUGGAAUGGAGCAGGAAACCAAGAAACCAGGAGAAAAUAUUGAACUCAAGCCUCCAGAACCAAGUGUUGAUCCAUCAGACCCAGAUGCAGGAUGUUCGUGCUAAUAUAUACAUAUAUAUAUAUAUGUGUGUGUGUAUUAUAUAUAUAUAUAUAUAUAUAUAUAUAUAUAUA